AUGGCGGUCAAUAGAAUAAGAGGCGCCUUCACUGCGCCUAGGAAGGGAGAAACAUUUGAGUUGAGAUCUGGUCUUGUAUCUCAAUAUGCUUGGGAAAGGAAGGAAUCCAUACAAAAGACCAUCAUGGCCAUGACCUUGGGCAAGGAUGUGUCUGCCCUUUUCCCUGACGUGCUAAAAAACAUUGCAACCUCUGAUCUGGAUCAGAAGAAACUUGUCUACCUUUAUCUUAUGAAUUAUGCUAAAUCACACCCCGAUCUUUGCAUCCUCGCCGUGAACACGUUCGUCCAAGACUCCGAAGACCCAAACCCUCUUAUACGAGCGCUUGCGAUACGCACAAUGGGUUGUAUUCGGGUGGAUAAGAUGGUCGACUACAUGGAGGAGCCGCUGAGGAAAACACUACGCGACGAAUCUCCCUACGUCCGUAAAACGGCUGCAAUCUGCGUGGCUAAGCUAUUCGACCUUAACCCGGCCCUCUGUUUAGAGAACGGCUUCUUAGAAAGUCUUCAAGAGAUGAUUGGAGAUCCCAAUCCCAUGGUCGUGGCCAACUCCGUCACCGCCUUAGCAGAAAUCAGCGACACGGCUCCCGAAACCAAAGCAUUACAGAUCACGCCAAAUACGCUAAGAAAGAUGCUUAUGGCCUUGAAUGAGUGCACGGAAUGGGGCAGGGUCUCGGUGUUGAGCAGCCUGGCAGACUAUAGGACGUCAGACGUGAAGGAGGCGGAAACUAUUUGCGAACGGGUUGCGCCUCAGUUUCAACAUAUAAACGCCAGUGUAGUGCUUGCCGCUGUCAAGGUCGUAUUUUUGCAUAUGAAGAUCAUUAAUCCUGAAACCGCUCAGUCAUACUUGAAGAAGAUGGCUCCCCCUCUAGUGACUCUAGUCUCCUCCGCUCCUGAAGUUCAAUACGUUGCUCUUCGAAAUAUCGACUUGCUCCUCCAGAGCAAACCAAACAUCCUCGACAAGGAACUCCGGGUCUUCUUUUGCAAGUAUAACGAUCCACCUUAUCUUAAAUUUCAGAAACUAGACAUUAUGGUCCGGAUCGCGAACGAGCGCAAUGUAGAUCAACUUCUUGCAGAAUUGAAAGAAUAUGCCCUCGAGGUCGACAUGGACUUUGUUCGACGUGCUGUCAGGGCCAUUGGACAGACGGCUAUCAAGAUCGAAGCUGCUGCUGAGAAAUGUGUUUCAACACUGCUUGACUUGAUUAAUACUAAAGUGAACUACGUCGUUCAGGAGGCCAUUGUCGUUAUCAAGGAUAUCUUCCGCAAAUACCCUGGCUAUGAGGGCAUUAUUCCUACUCUGUGUCAGUGUAUCGACGAGCUUGACGAGCCUAAUGCCAGAGGAUCAUUGAUCUGGAUUGUUGGAGAGUAUGCUGAGAAAAUUAGUAACGCUGGUGAUAUCCUUGCGGGCUUUGUUGAUGGCUUUAAUGAAGAGUUCACCCAAACACAACUGCAAAUAUUGACAGCUGUCGUUAAGCUAUUCCUAAAACGACCGGAUAAAGCUCAAGGCCUGGUGCAAAAGGUCCUUCAGGCUGCAACUGCUGAGAAUGACAACCCAGAUAUUAGAGACCGGGCGUAUGUGUAUUGGCGACUGCUCUCGAAUACGACGGACCCAAAUGCUGCAAAGAAUGUGGUUCUGUCAGAGAAACCUCCCAUUGUUACCACUAUCCAAUCACUCUCUCCAGCCCUCCUCGACCAGCUUCUCACAGAACUAUCGACACUCGCAUCUGUCUAUCACAAACCCCCAGAACAAUUCGUAGGCGAAGGAAAAUAUGGCGCAGAUGCCGUUCAAAAGGCAGCCAUCGAAGAACAACUUCAAAACGCACGAGAAAACCCAUUAGCGGCCGCUGCCGCUGCUGCUGCCGUAUCCGGAACUGCGGCGCCAGCACAAAUGCAAAGCAACCUGGAGAGUCUGCUGGAUAUUGACUUCGAUGGAACGGCGCCUGCAUCUGCCCAGAAGGAGCCGCCCAGCGGUAUGUCUGGGCUCGAGGGGCUUGCUGGGACUCCCAUCAGAGUCCAUUCGCCCGCUUCUGGCGUAGGACCGCCGUCAAGCAACAACCUUGAGGAUCUCAUGGGGGUAUUUGGAAGCGGGACGAAUGCGGGCGCGGCGUUUGGCGGGGGUGCCGGUGCCGGGACGCAGAAUGGCACAGGUAAUAAUGCAGAUCUUUUGAAUGGGUUUGCUGGGUUGGAUCUUACUGGGUCUGCAAGCACACCUACCCCGACUGCGGCAUCGGGGACCGGGACGGGGACUGCGACAACAACUAAGAGCAAUCAAGAUCUUUUGGAUUUGUUUUAA